AUGCAGAAUUUGCACGAGCGCCUCAUGGACCAGCCAGGGUACCGCCUCGACUUGGAGGAUGCCAUGGACUGCGCAAUGCAGAUAGCAGGAGCGCUGGCCUACUGUCACUCACGGGACGUCGUGCACAGACAAGUGUCUCUGGAACACAUCAUCGUGGAGGACCAGUCUGAAACGCUUUUCUGUCGCAUGGUGGACUUCUACCAGGCGGCGCUCCGACCAGAGUCGACGCCGUCGACCACGCUGUGCGGAGACUUGCCGUGCAUCGCCCCAGAGGUGGCCCUGGACGAGUCGUACUUCGCCAAGCCUGCGGACUGCUGGAGCCUCGGGGUGGUGCUCCUCGAGGCCGCCGGGGGCCUGGGCUCGAUGAGGCAGGCGGUCGGCUGGCCGGAGGAGGCGGAGUUGACGCCCACCGCCAGAAGGAUCAAGAACUUCUUCUCCCGCGAGGGCAGCCACGCUCGCGCACUGGCGGUCGUGGGCGGCGUGCGCAGCGAGCCCGUUUUGGCCAAGCUGUCCGCGCUCCUCGAGCCGAGGCCCACGGCUCGGGCGGCCAUGGACGCCAUCGCGCAGUCCUCCGCCUAG